CUCCCUCUUAACCCCGCAGUCCUGUCCCGCUUCGAGCACCGCUUGCAUGCGUUAUAAACUGCCAGAUACGCCACACAUACACAAGAAUGUCUUCGACAACAACGACCGCCCCUGAAACACACAUCGCCCUCGUCGGCGCCGGCACAAUCGGCCUCUCCUUCGUCGCCCUACACCUCCAGUCGCUCCCCCCAACAUCCCUCACCAUAAUCGACACCCGCCCGGACCUCCCAGCGCACGUCUCACGCACCCUCAAGACCACCCUGCCCCCCGCCCAACAUGCCCUCAUCCCCUCCCUCAUCCUCACCCCCGACAUCACCGCCGUCCGCAACGCGUCCAUAGUCCAAGAAUCCGGGCCCGAAAACCUGCCCUUCAAAACCGCCCUCUGGGCACAAGUAGAGCAACAUGCUCCAUCCUCGGCCCUGCUGUGGAGCAGCACAAGCGGGAUCCCGGCGUCCGCACAGGCAGCGCACAUGCGCGACCGCACUCGGCUGUGCGUCGUGCAUCCGUAUAAUCCGCCGGCGGUGAUGCCGCUGUUGGAGGUGUGUCCGAGCGCGGACACAUCGGCGGAUGUGGUUGGGCGGACGAUGGCGUUCUGGCGUGCGCGUGGCCGGGCGCCGGUGCUGGUGCGCAGGGAGGUGCCUGGGUUUGUGGCGAAUCGGCUUGCGUUUGCGCUGUUGCGCGAGGCGGUGUAUCUGGUUGAGCAAGGCGUGGUGUCGUUGGAGGAUGUGGAUCGGGUCGUUGAGGGGAGCAUGGGCCCGCGGUGGGCAGUGGCUGGGCCGUUCAAGAGCUAUCAUGCUGGGGGAGGAGAGGGUGGAUUGGAGGGGUUCUUUAAAAAUAUUGGAGGGACGGUCCAGAGUUGUUGGGAUGAUGCUGGGAGUGUGAAUGUUGGGGAGAGGUGGGAGGAGAAGGUAUUUCAGGAGGCGGAACAGGCGUAUGGGAGGGUUGACACGGCGGAAAGGGACCAGAUCACGAGAGCUGUACUGGAAGCUGUGAGGCGAGGUAAGGAAGGGAAGAACGCAUGAAAUGAAGUGUAGAGUUCGAACAUCAUCGCGAUUAAUAGACCGUGCUUC